AUGCAAGGGGUGUGGAGCGUGUUGGGGACCCGGGUCCUGCGAAAGCUCACCUCGGGGGGCAGGGUCCAGCGGCGGUGGGCACAGAACAUCGCCGAGGCCAUGCCGGGGAAGGGGAGCCAGGACACGUGGACACGGUCACGUGAGGCCCGCAGGCCCGGUGCCCAGCCAGACAGCGAGGAGCGGGGUCUCUGUCGCUGUCAGCAUCAAGGUGUGUGGAAUCGGAUCCAGCCAGGAGCCAGGACCCGCACCAUCAGCACGGGCACGAGUGACGCUCAGCUGGGCCUCCGUCUCCUGCUGCUGACGGCCCUGCAGCUCUCCCGCCUCCUGUCUCCCCCGCCUGCUCCGCAAGUAGGCCCCGAAACCUGGGAGGUCUCGCAUGAGGUUCCACGUGGGGAAUCCGGGAAUCCCACUCCAGCGACCCUUUUGGGUCCUUCAUCGGCGCCCAAGCCGAACAGCUCGAUCUGUGUGUACGCGUUGGCCUUUACUUCUCUUAGCGAUGUGGCAUCGACAGCCACUUGCGGUGUCCGAGCUCCCCAGGCGGCGUCCCUGCCCCGGGCCCGCGGACCCGCGCUUCCCCGGGAAGGAGCGGGCGGCUCCGGCGCGCGCAGCUCCGCGCCUGCCCCCGGCGGCCGCGAGGUGGCGCUGUUGCACUUCCCCGCGGGCUCCCGCUCCCCGGCCCCGCCGGCCCCGCCGGCCCCACCGGCCGUGAACAGCGCGCAGUCAGCCGGGGCCCCUUUCUCUGGGGCUUCCGGGGAGGGACAGGCGCCCGUAGGCCUUGGACCGAGGGGGCGCUGGCCGCGGGUCGGAGCUGCAAAGCCCCGAGGGACUAGACUGUCCCACCCGCAGGCCCCGCGCGUCCCGGGCGCCCGGAGGGCAGGGCUGGGUCACGGGCCCGGAUAUUAUCAGAGGAGCGCCCAGAAAAGCGGACAAGGGCUGCUUCUCGGGGCGGCCUCUCCUCUGAUCGCAUCCCGCUUGUUCCUCUGUGUGUGCAGCUCUGGUUCCUCCGGGGGGACCUUUCAGAAGUGCUCCGUGCCCCCCCCCCCCCCACCUCAUCCCCCCAAGGCUGCAUGGAGCAGGAUCGCUGAAGCUGCAGCUUUAGAGAGGACCCCUUCUCGGGAACAGAACCUGGGCCACAGGCAGUGGCGAGACCAGGUGGGGGCGCUAGGGAGCCCCGGGUCAGGACAGGCCGUCCGCCAGAGCCCCGCGUGUCCACGGGAGUCUGCAGCGGCCUCAGCCUGCUGGCUGGCACCCCUUCACCUCACUGCUCUGGCCCCCACCCCUCCCUGGCGUCUGCCCUGGGGCGGAUACAACUCUGAGACCGUCAGGAUCCCCCCCAGACACCUAGCUCCUCACGCCUCCUGCUGCUGCUGA